GCCGCUUCCCUCCCCAGCCCUUGGCAUCUGCUUUUCAGGACUCAGCCACUCCCAAAGGGAUGGAGAAAGGCAGCUGAGACGCCCCCGAGGCUCCUGCAAACGGCCUCUGUGACUGGCCUCAUUUUACCUAGUUUGGCUUUCUGGGGGUGGGCAUUUCUUCCCAGCCUGCUCUGGAUCCUUUUUAGCGGCGCUACAGACCAAAGGAGAUGGAAGAAAAGGAGCGAUGUGAUAAAUUCCAGCUGGUAUCCUGAUGCGAAGUGGAUUUAAAUCUUAUUUUGAUAUUUUUGGGGGAGGAGACAGAGGGAAGGAAAUACCCCAACAGCAACUUUUUAUGGGGUGGGGGAGAAAGGGGGAGGGAAAAAAUGUUACAGAUUCCUAAGUGAUUUUUGCAAGCAAUCAAUUACUAAACAAACUGAAGCACAAGAGGGUUUGCCAGCUGGAAGCAGGAUUUGCCUAUAAAAGAAGGGAUCAGUGGGCUCUUGUUUUGAUUGCAGAGGGGGGGAGAAACUUCAGACUCCUCUGUUUCUCACUAUCCUUCCACAACUACCCUAUGAAAAAAUGAGUUGCGUGCCAUGGAAAGGUGACAAAACCAAAUUGGAGUCUCCUGAGCCACCACAGCUGGCACCACUGCGUAUUUACCAUGAGAAACAGCGUAGGGAGCUGUGUGCUCUCCAUGCCCUCAAUAAUGUCUUCCAGGACAGCAACGCCUUCACCCGGGAAACACUGCAAGAGAUUUUCCAGAGACUGUCUCCCAACACCAUGGUGACACCACACAAGAAGAGCAUGUUGGGAAACGGGAACUAUGAUGUGAAUGUCAUCAUGGCAGCGCUUCAGACCAAAGGCUAUGAAGCAGUUUGGUGGGACAAGCGCAGGGAUGUGAAUGUCAUUGCCCUCUCAAAUGUGAUUGGCUUCAUCAUGAAUCUGCCCUCCAGCCUCUGCUGGGGUCCCCUGAAGCUCCCCCUUAAACGACAGCACUGGAUCUGCGUCCGGGAGGUGGGAGGCACCUACUACAAUCUCGACUCCAAACUCAAGAUGCCAGAGUGGAUUGGAGGUGAAAGUGAGCUCAGGAAAUUUUUGAAACAUCAGCUGAGAGGAAAGAACUGUGAACUUCUGCUGGUGGUGCCAGAGGAGGUGGAAGUACAUCAGAGCUGGAGAGCUGACAUGUGACCUGGAUAAUGGGUGCCCUAGUUCUUUUCCUCUGGAACUUCCUUUCAUUGGUCUCUUCUUUCUGUAUUGAUGGUGCAAUAGGACAGUGGCAUAGGGUAUUGUGGGGGCUAGAAUGGAUGAGGAAGGAAGCCAGUCACUUUUUAAUGAGGAGAGGAGAGUGAGCUCUAUGCUUUUAAGCUGAUUACCUUGCAUAGUGCUCUUUAAAAUAGGCUUUGGGGAUAGGGUGUUUGGAACACUCUGCUGAUUCUUCCCCAUACCCCAGUAUCUUAAAGACUAAUUGUGGUUGGACACUACUCCCUUCAGACUUAACAAAACUGCUUUGGAUGGAAGGAGUCAAGCAUGCUG